AAGCCGCGCCUGGUUUCCUCUCUGUGGGGCAGGGGGCUGACCGAGACCGACCGACUGCCGGACCAUCAGCAAGAAAAAAAACACCAUGUGAAGGAAAAGUAUAUAUAAAAAAAAGGGACACGAAAAGCAAACUUGCGAGGGUGAAGAACAUAUUCAUUCGUCUCGCCAUCACCGGGUCAGCGUUUUUAACGGCUCGGCAGAGAGCGAAUGGACAGAGCGGGAGAGGAGCUGGACAGUCUCACCAACGGUAGCAGACGCAAAUACCAUGCCGACGAGUGAUGGCCCCACCCGCUUACCGGUCUUCGUGGCUCCGCCCCACGGAAACCACCAGAGGUCUCCAGGUUAUGUCCCUGGUCGGGUGGCUCCAGUCCGCUCGCCGCCGCCUGCCAAAGCUCCGCCGCCUCCACCGAUGAAACCUCACGGCCCCCCACCAGAGCGACCUGUCCCUUUCAACCUGUCAGAGGAGAACCAGCGUAGGGAGCGUGCCCAGAGCCUCCAGCAAAGAAAGAACACAGUUAUCUGUUUUGGAGUGUCGAUGGGGGCUUUCUUCCUCACCCUCAUCCUCGUCCUUAGUCUCACAGGUGGAGAUGUGUUAGACGAGAAUUGUCCGGACCACAACUUGUCCCUGAGUAGCUGGAAGCCAGGCCACCAACCAGAGAAGGACGUUGUUGUCAGGAGGGGACAUUUGUUUAGAUUGGAUGCUUCUGCUACCUUCCGUACCCUAACCAUCCAGUCCGGAGGUAAGGUGGUUUUUGCAGACAACGCUGACGGCUCCAAAAACAUAACCUUGAGAACACGGCACAUCCUUAUAGAAGAUGGUGGAGCCCUUCACAUCGGUGGUCCCAAAUGUCGCUACCGCUCUCGCGCCACCAUUGCCCUUGUGGGUCGCUCUGACGACAAGGCAGUCCCUGAGGUGCCUGGCAUGGGGCGCAAGUUCAUAGGCGUCACGGCCGGUGGGACUCUGGAGCUACACGGCACCGAGAGAGUUUCCUGGACUCUUCUGACCCGAAGUGUCCCGGCCACCGGUCUGGCAACAGCGGGUCAUGCCUUCCAGCGGAACUUCAGCAGAGGCAUCAACUUGCGUGUGGUGGACCAGGACACGGCUGCUUUGCUGUUGUCUGAACGCUACGACACACACGAGUCUCGUAAUGACAGCUGGCGGCUUACCCAGCUGCUGGGGACCCUGCCGGCGGGCCGCAUUGUCACUCUGGCUGUAGGAGACUCGGCUGUCAAAAGUCUUUUGGACGAAACCAAGAAGGCCAUUGAAGAGAAGCUCGGCAGCAGCUUUGUCCGUGAUCUCAAGUACAGACAGGCGUGGGCUUUGGUCUCGGUUGUUGGCGGUGGUAACGCGUCAUGCACGGAGGACGUUAGGGAACACGAAAACCACGACACCGGAGGGAGAGCUCUGGCAAGACGGAACUUCACCACCGUGGACGGAGUGGCCUUCUCGGUCACCGCCUACAGCGAGUGGAAGAAUGGUUUCCCCAUCACAGGCUUCCAGGUGGAUGCUGUGGACCAGGUGGUGCUGAAUCUGCAGGACAAAGUGCAGCCGACCUGGCAACCCGGGGAUCAGAUUGUAGUUGCCAGCACAGACUACUCCAUGCACCAGGCUGAAGAGUUUACCUUGUUGCCCUGUCCUCGCUGCACCAGCAGGCAGGUCAGGAUACAAGGGAAACCUCAGUAUAACCAUGUUGGAGAAAUCAUAGAUGGCGUCGACAUGCGUGCGGAAGUGGCUCUGCUCUCCAGAAACAUUUUCAUCUACGGGGAAAUGGAAAGCUCGUGCUACGGAGACAACAUGUGCCAGUUCUACAACCACGACACCUAUGGAGGCCACAUCAAGAUCCUUCGUAACUUCUCAUCCGUGCAUCUGUCCCACGUGGAGCUGAAGAACAUGGGCCAGCAGCGUGAGAAAGGGCGCUACCCCGUCCACUUCCACAUGUGCGGGGAUGUGGACCAGAGGGGAGACUAUCGGGAGCCCACCUAUGUGGACGGACUUUCCAUACACCACUCCUUCUCCCGCUGCCUCACCAUCCACACCACCAACGGUUUGCUGGUGAAGAACACUAUAGGCUAUGACACCCUGGGUCACUGUUUCUUCCUUGAGGAUGGGAUCGAGCAGCGCAACACCUUCUACCACAACCUUGGCCUGCUGACUCGACCCGGGACUCUGCUGCCCACUGACCGCAACGAGACCCUCUGCACCAGCAUCAAGGACAAAGUCUACAAGGGCUACACUCCCUCACCCAGCACAGAGUGCAAGGCAGUUUCAACCUUCUGGAUCGCCAACCCCAACAACAAUCUCAUCAGCAAUGCAGCUGCUGGUUCGCAGGAUGCUGGCAUAUGGUUUGUGUUCCACAGCUCUUCCACCGGAGACUCUCAUGGGCUGGUACCAGAGACUCGAGCAGAGCUCACUCCUCUGGGGAUUUUUUACAACAACCGCGUACACUCCAACUUUAAGGUAUCACUGUUCAUUGAUAAAAGAGUGAAGACCACCAAUGCUAGUGCUGCCGACCCCCGGGAAUACCUGUGUCUGGACAACAGUGCUAGAUUCCGACCACACCAGAAUGCUGACCCUAGCCGUCCACGGGUGGCGGCAGUCAUUGGCAAUCUGAUCUCCUUCAAGAACAACGACUUGGGAGCGUGGAUACGGGGAGGUGACAUCAUCAUCCAGGACUCUGGAUUUGCAGACAACGGAGUGGGAUUGUCCUUUGCCAGUGAUGGCAGCUACCCGAAAGAUGAAGGCUCCAGCCAGGAGGUGACACAGUCUCUGUUUGUGGGUGAAAGCCGAAACCGAGGGACCAACGGAGGACAGAAUAAAUACUGGGGUGUAGGAGGGACUGAUGCAAAGAUGAGGACUCUGCCUAGAAACAGGACGUUCCCAAUCCGAGGUUUCCAGAUCUAUGAUGGGCCGGUGCGGCUUACACGGAGUACGUUUCGUGGCUUCGUCCCCACACCGGAGCGUUAUACCAGCGCCGUGGGAUUCAACCUGAAGAACACCUGGCAGCUCACCCCACGAAACAACCUGUCGCAGCUCAACUUCCAAUCCACUGUGGAUCUGCGGGCGUUCUUUGGCCGCCCUGGGCAGUGGUUCGAAGAGAACGACCUGGAUGGCGACAAAAACUCCCUCUUCCACGAUGUGGACGGGUCAGUAACCGGCUACACAGACACCUACGUCGGCAGAGCGGACAAUUACCUGAUCCAACAUCCUGGCUGUGUGAACGUGUCCCAGUGGAAUGGAGUGAUCUGCAGCGGCCGCUACUCUCAGGUGUACAUCCAGACCCAGGGAGCGCCCAGCCUCAGUUUAUCCAUCAGCAGAGAUGAAUACCCUAAUGCUCCUCUGGUACUGAGGGGGAUUAACAGCCAGGCGGCGCAGUCUCAGCAGUACCAGCCCAUCCUGAUGAUGAGCAAGAGCUACACUCUGCACUGGAGUGGACCUGCCCCCCGAGAGGUUGUCCUCUCUCUCAUCAACUUUGACAAAGAUGACUGGGUGCUGGUGGGACUCUGUUACCCAUCGGACACCACAUUUCAGAUUAUGGCCGACAUCAACGAUAGGCAAAGCAACACGUUUGAUGACCUCACAGACUACGGCACUGUGCCAUCCAUCGCAGAGCUGGAGAAGAGGCCGAUGGAGCGGAAGUACUUCUUUGACCGAUCUGUUGGCCUGUUGUGGCUCUACCUUCGGGCCCGGCACGGGCGUGACGGCCAAAGCUACUGUUCAGCAAAAGGCUGCGAAAGAGUGAAAGUCAUGGCCACCACGUCCUCCAAACAGACCUGUAACUGUACGGCCAAGGCCUACCCCAAGUACUCCAAGACACCCUCCGCGGUGGUGCCUAUGCCGGCCCUCAGCACACAAGCCUGCAAAGACUGUGGCGCUAAACAACUUGUGUUUUCCAGUGAGCCGUGGACCUCCUACCUCCAGACACAAGUCAAGUCUCUCAGCGGCAAAGAGCAGCAGCGAGGAGAUAACCGCUCCUUUAUCACUGUGAAUGAGGUGACCAUGUUUUUCUCUCAGCCUGGGUAUUUCCUGGUGACGGUGGACGCCUGCUCCGGGAAGGUCACAAAGAAAACCUCAUUUACCAAGCUGGACGCCAAGAUGGAGCAGUACCUAAAAACUGGAAUCCCAAAGAGUUCUAUAGUGCUCAUGGCGACACGAGGUCAACCAGAAGGCUUGGUGGGUGUAGCAUCGUAUCUGGUCUCUUUUGGUUUGGCCAAACCUGCUGAUCUGCACAGUAAAGGUUAG